UUAUACAUUGACUUGUAGUUCUGAAUUCAACACCACCACCACCAACAACUACAAGAACCAGUCUUCUCUUUCAAUCAAAAUCCAUUUCACUAACCAAAACAAUCAUGACCAUCAGAUAGUGUUCCCACUUCUUCUUCUUUUUUUUUUGUGGUUCUCUUUUCAUCGUCUUUUAUUUUCAGAAUCCCUUUUUUAACAUGGAUUCUGAAGAGUCUGUUCCCCAACUCAGAGGCGUUGUCAUCAUCACUCUUCCUCCUCCGGAUAACCCUUCUUUAGGCAAAACCAUCACUGCUUUUACUGUUACUAAUGACUCUCUACAGCCCCACCAAACUCCACAAGAAAAUGAUUUGAUUCCACAGGAACAAAACGCAGUUCCUGAACUUCCCCUUCAGUCCCCUCCAGUUCAAUUCUAUAUACCAAGACCCCUUUUUGACUCUCCAAGGAAGCUUUUUGGCCUUCUGGGUAUCGCUGUUCUGGCUCUUCUUCUCUAUAGUUCCGUGUUUUCACACACUGUUCAAGAGCUUCGUAAUUCUAAAGAGGAUCGUGAGGAUAAGAAGACUCUUAUUUUCCCUUUGUAUCGGAAAUCUAGUGUUCCUGAGAAUGAUAUAGAGUUUAAGCUUGGGAGGGCUGUAGCUUCAAUUUAUGCGGAUAAAAAGAAUAUCAACAAAAAGUCUUUUUCUGCUAAUACUGUCGGUGUUGAUUCUUCUUCAAUUUUCCCUGUUAGGGGCAGCGUUUAUCCAGAUGGACUAUAUUUCACAUAUAUGCUUGUUGGAAGUCCUCCAAGACCUUAUUAUCUUGAUAUUGAUACCGGGAGUGAUUUAACAUGGAUUCAAUGUGAUGCUCCUUGCAGCAGCUGUGCCAAGGGAGCGAAUCCUUUAUACAAGCCAAGAAUUGAGAGCAUAUUACCUUCCAAGGACCCAUUGUGCAAGGAAAUCCAAAGAAAUCAGAAGGGUGCAUAUUGUGAAGCUUGCCAGUGUGACUAUGAGAUUGAAUAUGCAGAUCGUAGCUCCUCUAUGGGGGUUCUUGCAAGAGAUGAGCUUCAGCUAAUGAUUACAAAUGGAUCAUUGACCAAGUUAAAUGUUGUUUUUGGGUGUGCGUAUGAUCAACAAGGUUUGCUUUUAAACACUCUAGUACAGACAGAUGGAAUCCUUGGACUAAGCAGAGCUAAAGUUAGUUUACCUUCCCAAUUGGCAAGCCAGAAGAUCAUUAAUAAUGUGGUUGGUCACUGCCUAGCCACAGAUGCAGGAAGCGGCGGCUAUAUGUUCUUAGGUGAUGAUCUUGUACCAAAUUGGGGUAUGGCAUGGGUCCCGAUGCUGGAUUCUCCCUCCAUAGACUUUUACCAUACAGCAAUUGUGAAAAUGAGUUAUGGAAGUAGCCUACUCAGUUUAGGUGGUUGGGACAGCCAAGUAGGACGGGCAUUGUUUGAUACUGGCAGUUCUUACACCUACUUCACAAAACAAGCAUAUAUCGAAUUGGUUGCUUCUCUUAAGGAAGUUUCAAACAUGGGACUCAUCCUAGAUUCAUCAGAUUCAACAUUGCCCCUUUGUUGGCGAGCUAAACUUCCCAUCAGGUCAGUUAUGGAUGUGAAGCAGUACUUCAAGACUUUGACCCUUCAGUUUGGGAGCAAAUGGUGGAUUGCUUCUACAAAGCUUCGUAUUCCUCCAGAGGGCUACUUGAUCGUCAGUAAGAAAGGUAAUAUAUGCCUGGGUAUACUCGAUGGAAGCGAAGUACAUGAUGGAUCGACAAUUAUACUUGGAGAUAUCUCUAUGCGUGGGCAAUUGAUCGUGUAUGACAACAUUAAUCAGAGGAUUGGUUGGGCGAAAUCAGAUUGUGUCAAGCCUCGACGGAUCAAGACCCUGCCAUUCUUUGAGGGAUCAGUUGAUCUGGGAACGAAGUAGGAGUUUUGUAUGUACAUUAUCUAUAGUUUAUAGCUCUCUAUUAUACUCCCGCGUUGAAAUUCUGUUUGUAUGAACCUCUGUACGUUUUGUAAUUAGCUUGUGUAUAUUAAUAUA